GCGACGUCGACCAGGAAGUAGGUAAACAACCGAACAGGAGGAGAAAAAUAUGGAUUACCCCUCAAAUACACCCUAACCGAUGAACACAAAGGCAGAUUGAGUGGCCGUUAGUGGUCGUGGAGGGGUAUCGAGGACAGGAGAGUUUAGUUAUCGCGCGAAAUGGCUGGUGAAUGAUGGGGGUUUGACACGUGACCAUGUUUCUGCUCUGAUUCUGAUGCCCAGUCUUGCCACGUCUGUUGUCAUGGACACGGAGGACUAUCUGCACCCUGAGGGCCCUCAGCUGGGGAGCCCGAAUUUCAGCGCUCCCAGUCCUCCUCUAACAAGCUCCAUGGAGAGUCAGCUGUAUCCGUCAAACUCAUGGGUACAAACCCAGUACAACCAGCACUAUCCUAUGCAAUCUGAGAGGCAGCUCCAGUCUAACUCGUCCUCCGUGAAUCUGGACCUGUCUGACAUAGACAUUCACGACCUCGUGAGGAAUGGAGACUUCUCCCAGGAUCUGUCAGGUAUUGACGAGCUGUCCAACACGUCUCUGUUCUCCUCGCCGUCUGACACGCUGUCUGAGUAUGCAGACCACUCGGGGUUUUGCAUCGACAGUUUGGCACAGUUACCCACUGAGGGCACCACAGCACAGUUGUACUGGGAUAUACCCGGGCACAGUCAGAGACAACAGCAGAAUCUGGGGGCUUUUCCUGGUAGGCUGGAUGACAUAAGCGCGAUCCAGUCCGCUUCAGUGGCAGGACUUAAGGCUGCUCCACGCCCGCAGGAGGAAGAGGAGGAGGCAGAUGAGGAAGAAACGGAGGAGUUGGGGCACGUGGACACAUAUGCUGAAUACAAGCCAUCUAAAUCUACUAUUGGAAUCUCUCACCCUGACAUUGUGGUGGAGACCAACACACUGUCCAGUGUCCCUCCUCCAGACAUCACAUACACACUGUCCAUUCCAGACAGCACCAUUAACUCCGGUCAGCUGUCAGCUCUGCAGCUGGAGGCCAUCACCUAUGCCUGCCAGCAACACGAGGUGAUUCUUCAGAACGGCCAGCGAGCGGGGUUUCUGAUUGGAGAUGGAGCAGGUGUUGGGAAAGGCCGCACUGUGGCUGGAAUCAUACUGGAGAAUUUCUUAAAGGGUCGGAAGAGAGCACUAUGGUUCAGUGUCUCGAAUGACCUGAAGUACGAUGCUGAGCGAGAUCUCAAAGACAUUGACGCUCCCAACAUCCCUGUUUUUGCUUUAAAUAAGAUUAAAUACGGAGACACCGCUACCUCAGAGGGCGUUCUGUUCGCCACAUACUCGGCGCUGAUUGGAGAGAGCCAGGCGGGCGGCCAGCACCGCACCAGACUCAAACAGAUCCUGGACUGGUGCAGAACCAACUUUGAAGGAGUCAUUGUGUUUGACGAGUGCCAUAAGGCAAAAAACGCGACUUCCACCAAGAUGGGUAAAGCCGUGCUGGACUUGCAGAGUAAACUGCCCCGGGCGAGAGUGGUGUACGCUAGUGCCACAGGUGCUUCUGAGCCAAAGAACAUGAUCUACAUGAGCCGGUUAGGGAUCUGGGGGCAAGGAACACCGUUCAAGGCCUUUGAUGACUUCCUGCACGCUAUAGAGAAGAGGGGGGUUGGUGCCAUGGAGAUUGUCGCAAUGGAUAUGAAAGUGAGUGGCAUGUAUAUCGCACGGCAGCUGAGUUUUUCCGGCGUGUCUUUCCGUAUUGAGGAGAUAUCACUGGAUGAAGAGUUUAAACUGGUCUACAACAAAGCAGCUAGACUGUGGGCAGAAGCUCUUGAGUUGUUUACCAGAGCGGCAGAUGUUUUGGGUUUGGCGUCUCGUAAGUCUCUGUGGGGUCAGUUCUGGUCGUCCCAUCAGAGGUUUUUUAAGUAUCUCUGUAUCGCUGCUAAAGUCCGUCGUCUUGUCGAACUUGCUCAGGAAGAGAUGCAACGCGGCAAGUCUAUCGUAAUUGGCCUGCAGUCCACCGGAGAGGCUCGUACACGAGAGGUCCUGGACGAGAACGAUGGACACCUGGACAGAUUCGUCUCUGCUGCUGAGGGUGUUUUCCAGUCCUUGGUACAAAAACACUUUCCAACCGAGAAACCCAAGAGAGAGAAAAGUGCAUCGAGCAAAAGGAAACGAAAGCCCAGGAGCCGGCCUUCAAAAUUUCCGAAGCACUGUGUGGGAGUGGGCGGAGUUAUUAAAAUCAGUGACGAUUCGGACUCUGAUUCAGAUGAGAUUGACAGCGAAUCAAAUUCCUCCCCUGAAUCACUACAGGACAACGAUGAUGUCAUCUUCGUCAAUCACAUCAACGGUCCAGCUGCUAAACUAGAGGAGCUGAAGCAGAGGCUGCUGGGUAAAAUAGCAGAGCUGGGGAGAGAGCUUCCACUAAACACACUUGAUGAGCUGAUUGACCGGUUUGGAGGACCAGAGAAGGUGUCAGAGAUGACAGGCCGCAAGGGACGUGUGGUGCGUCGUCCUGACGGUAGUGUAAGAUACGAGACCAGAGCGGAACAAGGCCUCACCAUCGAUCACGUCAACAUCCGAGAGAAAGAGCGAUUUAUGUCAGGAGAUAAGUUGAUAGCGAUCAUCUCUGAGGCGGCUAGCUCUGGAAUCUCUCUUCAGGCGGAUAAACGUGUUCAGAACCGCAGGAGAAGAGUUCACAUGACCUUAGAGCUGCCGUGGAGCGCCGACCGCGCCAUCCAGCAGUUUGGUCGAACACAUCGUUCGAAUCAAGUCACAGCUCCUGAGUAUAUCUUCCUCAUAUCUGAGCUCGCCGGAGAGAGACGCUUCGCAUCUAUCGUUGCCAAGAGACUGGAGAGUCUGGGUGCGUUGACACACGGAGACAGACGGGCCACUGAAUCCAGAGAUCUGAGCCAGUACAACUUUGAGAACAAAUACGGCACCAAGGCACUGGACAAAAUCACUAAAGCUGUUCUAGGACACAUCGACAACAAAGUUCCUCCACCGAAGGGCUACCCAGGAGGAGACAUCAUGUUCUUCAGAGAUAUGAAGAAGGGCAUGAUCGAUGUUGGGAUCUUCUGUAAGGAGCCGCGCUUCGGACUAAACACAGAGAAAGACUGCAGCAUCACCAAAUUUCUUAACCGUAUUUUGGGUUUAGAGGUUUACCAGCAGAACUCUCUGUUCCAGUACUUCACCGAUAACUUCGACUACCUGAUCGAUAAAGACAAAAAAGAGGGGAAAUACGACAUGGGAAUAUUAGAUCUUGCUCCUGGUAAUGAUGAGAUUCACGAGGAAACGCAGGAGAAGUUUCUAACUCCAGGAAACCCUCAGGAAGGACAGGUCAUGCUUUAUAAGAUCAGUGUAGAUCGGGGAAUGCCCUGGGAAGAGGCGUGCAGUAAAGCCGAGAAACUCUCCGGAGAUUACGAAGGGUUUUACCUCUCGAAUAAGUUGCGCGGGAGCCAGCCGUGUGUCCUGCUCGCCGAACAGGGUCGCGGCCGGAACCUCAUCCUUUAUAAGCCCAACAUCGGCAAACAGGCUCACCCCGAGAAUCUCGACAACCUGCUUCUGAGAUACAACAAGGUAACACCUGAGGAAGCAAAGGACUGCUGGGAGAGUCAGUUUCACUUUUCCUUCACUAACUGCACACAUGCCAACUGGAAUGGUAAGUGUAAGCAAAACGAGCAGGGACAGGAGUGUUUUCUUGGAAUGCGUCUCAGGCAGUAUCACAUGCUGUGUGGAGCACUGCUCAGGGUAUGGAAACGAGUGUCCGAUAUCGUCUCUGAUGUCACUUGCUCCAGCAUCCUACAGAUCGUACGACUCAAAACCAAACAAAACAGCAAACAAGUCGGUAUUAAAAUCCCUGAGAACUGUGUCUCCCGUGUGCGUGCUGAGCUCUCUCGAAUGGACGAGGAGGUGAAGAAGGCCCGGCGAAAGAGAGAACAGCUUGCUAAUGAUCAACGUGCUCGUGUACGGCAAGAGAUGCUGGCCAAGAUCAUCAAUGCCCGCAAACUGUGCGCCAACCCUCCCCUCGCUCUUCCAAACCACCUUCUCUACCCACGGUCCCUCCUCCACCCUGCAAUGAUGCCCAAGAGCGAACCUGUCACUGAAGUCCUGGACCUGACCAUCAGCCCAUGUCCCUCACCGGACAUCAACACACCACAGGACGCAGGAAUCAGCCUAAACAGCGUGUCUCUUAAUGGAGGGAUUGUGGGCGGGAGGGGUCGCCCAGGCGUGGUUGCUCCAGAGACCUUUGGCCUUGAAGAUUUGAUCUCUCAGGAGCAGCAGAGGCACAAGCAGGUCACGUUGAACUCCAACUUGCACGUAUCGUCAUCUUCCAACGUCUUGCGACAGCCACAGCAACACGUUCACACCCUCAAGCAGAAUCAUUCGUCACUAGGCGUGUUGACGCAGCAGCAGAACAGCUCUCGGUUGCAGCAGGACGUUCAGGCAUCUGCGCGGUACAGUACGCUUCUGUCGCAACUGCACGGAGGGCAGGACAAAACGCGCAUGCUGCGACUUCUCUCGCAGAUGCGGCCGCAGACUGGUGCAUCAUCACCAUCUACACGCGUAGCGCUGCCCUCACAGCGAAGCAGUCAACAUGCUAAUAUGCUGACACACAAAUCUAAUGCACUUGCACAUUCGUUCGGAAACCAUGCACAGCGACAACAGCUGCAGGUGCAUGCAAGUGAACACAGGCAAGUUUCUCUCAGCAGAGCGCUGCAGUCACAGUCGCAAUCCCUUCAGUCGCAACCCCUGCAGUUACAGUCGCAAUUCCUGCAGUCCCAACCCCUUCAUUCCCAGUCGCAAUCCCUACAGACGCAACCCCUGCAGUCGCAAUCCUUACAGACGCAACCCCUGCAGUUACAGUCGCAAUUCCUGCAGUCGCAACCCCUGCAGUCACAGUCGCAACCCCUUCAAUCACAGUCGCAACCCCUGCAGUCACAGUCGCAAUCCCUACAAUCGCGACCCCUGCAGUCACGGUUGCAAUCCCUGCAGUCGCAACCCCUGCAGUCACAGCCGCAACCCCUGCAGUCACAGCCGCAACCCCUGCAGUCACAGUCGCAAUCCCUACAGUCGCAACCCCAUCAGUCACGGUUGCAAUCCAUGCAGUCGCAACCCCUGCAGUCACAGUCGCAAUCCCUACAAUCACGACCUCUGCAGUCACAGUCGCAAUCCCUGCAGUCGCAACCCUUGCAGUCUCAGUUGCAAUCCUUGCAGUCACAGUCACAAAUCCUGCAGUUGCAAUCCCUACAGUCGCAACCCCAUCAGUCACAGUCGCAAUCCCUACAGUCGCAACCCCAUCAGUCACGGUUGCAAUCCCUGCAGUCGCAACCCCUGCAGUCACAGUCGCAAUCCCUACAAUCACAACCUCUGCAGUCUCAGUCGCAAUCCCUGCAGACACAGUCGCAAUCCCUACAGUCACAGUCGCAAUCCCUGCAGUCACAGUCGCAAUCCCUACAGUCGCAACCCCAUCAGUCACAGUCGCAAUCCCUACAGACGCAACCCCUGCAGUCACAGUCGCAAUCCCUGCAGUCGCAACCCCAUCAGUCACAGUCGCAAUCGCAUACAGUAAGCAGUCAUUCUGCUUCAAAAAUUGCGAUCAGUCGAAACAAUGACUUUGAUUUCGGUGCUUUGGACUUUAGUUGCCCUUCACCAGUUUCGCAAUUGCAGUACCCAUUUAUCUCUCAAGCCUUGCCAUCCUCCACCCCGCCUCCUUUUCCCUCUUCCCUCUUCGCAUCGGCUCCUCCAAACUCCUCCCUUUCGGACUCUAGCUCCUCCUCCUCACACUUCACACCAUCUUCCUCGUCGUCUGAACAGUCACAUCUUCUGUUACCCAACGGCCACUGCAGUAUGGAUGACCUCGUUGUGCACGAAACGCUGGAUCACAUGAUCCACGGAACGCCCCCGGACCACCGCCAAUCCGUAAUCCAGUUUAGAUCAAUGGACUGGGACACCACCUAGAGGCUGCUGAUUGAAAACUCUGGUGGGCACGGUCUGUUAGCUGCCACUGUAUCCGCACACACUUCAAUAUUCUCGAUUCGUUACGUUUUGACAUGCGUCUCAGCUAGGUCUCCGCUCACCCGGUUGGCACGUUCGGGAAGACUUUGUCUUUUUUUUGCAUCGUUUUCCCCAAGUCGUUCUCAGUCCAUAAGCUAGUCGCGUUUGGUUCGUUACGUUCAGUGAUGACAAAUAUUGGCGCACUUGAAAUCUAUCCAGUUUUUAUUUGCCCUAUAGGAAGCAAUAGGGCUUACCCACCCACCAUUUCACAUUAGGAAGCUCAAACAACGAUGACAUUGAGGUAAAAGAAAUGCUUAUUUAUUAAAACAUAUACGUACACUUUAGUCUGUUGAUCUGUUUUUCUGACCUGCUUUUUCGUCAUAGGGAAUUUGUGUUUUGGAAUAAAUGCCUUCUGUUGAAUCAGUGCCUUUAAAUCCUUCAGAUGCAGUCGUGUGUGUGUGUGUGUGUGUGUGUGUGUGUGUGUGUGUGUGUGUGUGUGUGUGUGUGUGUGUGUGUGUGUGUGUGUGUGUGUGUUUGUGUGUGUGUGCGCGCGCGUGUAUAUAAAGUAUAUAAAUAUAUAUAUUUCUAGAAAUAGUAGUGCUAUAUUAUUUAUUUCUGUGCUGCUUCGCAGGAGGCGUACCGACCCGAUCAGACGAUUUGAAACUGCUGUUUGAACCCGUAGCCCUGUGAAUAUCUCAUUUCUAUUUUCUUUCUACAUUUCAAUAAACGCAGGGACAGAGUCGUUCACGAUAUCUCCGCUAUAACGUUAGAAGUCGCGCAGAACAGACGGCUAAUUUCUCAGGUAUAGUGUAGACUCAUCACUGUCCAAACAAAUGAUUAUUUUAUGAAAACUAAUACGGAUGAAACUUUGUGAGCGUUUGUUAAUCGGAAGCCAAAUCAUUUAUUCGUAGAUCUUAAAAUAACUUUAACGAAACCACUGGAGCUCGCAUUGAGACGUCAUUGUGCAGCGAGAGUGAAACUCAGCAAUAAAAACCAAAACGAAUGAUUAUAUAUGAAUUACAGAGCGCCCCGUGAACAACCUGAGAGGCUUAGUGAUAUUUUUUUUAAUUGUGUUUUUUAUUAUAUUUGCGUAGAAUCCGAAAACGGAUUUGUUUAUGAGAUUGUUUUGUUCGUAUGAGGUCACUGUUUUUACUUUUGGUCCUGUAUUCUCGUGUAGUUGGAAUGAAAACAAAUGUAUUGAUGUCUUUGAAAUUGCUGUUCGUAUUAUUAUUAUUAUUAUUGUUAUUAAUACUAAUUUUAUUGUUGCUAUUUAUAUCCAAGGGACAUUUUAGUAGAGGUAGUUUUUGGUUAUUAUAAUCAAAUGAAUAAAACACUUUUUAAAUGCCUUGUCAGGGUUUUAUUUUACUUUCUUGCUCCCAAAAUACAGAAUCAGAACCUGCAACCUGCCAUUAAAUCGACUGCACUGCCCGAAACUGAUGUUCGGCAUUCGAUGCGUUACUUCUUUACGCAAACUCUGAAAACUCAGCUAUCGUUUUGGGGUCGGGCGUCUUGAUUCCCAUCACACCAAUGUUUUCAGUGCAGUUUUUGCAGGCUCCGCUGAGUCGUGUUUAAUCUCAGGAAAGUUGAGGGGGAAAAAUGCGGCAUCGCAGCGAGAUGAU